AUGUCUCAAAAUUCUCACCACACAGACGAAGGGUCGGAAGAGCGACUGCUAUCCUCGAGGGGUAGUAGCCACGACGACGAGAUACUUGAGGAAUUGGCAGCACAACAGGCAGUUGACCGCAACGCGCGACGCCGGCCAUGGAGAAAGAUCUGCGAAGGCGUGUUUUACGUUUCCGCAGGAGUUCUCGCGGGGUUUCUUGUUGAUCUCAUGAUGUCUCAUUGGCAUUUCCCAACGGACAACUCUGUCUCAGUACCAGAAUGGACAGUCAUCGACAGAGGCCAACGUUUUCGAGCCUGGGCACCUUCCGCUCAAUGCGGAGACACUCCGGAGAAAGCCAUAGCUGCAGGCUGUAUAUACGACGAUGUUCUUCUGCAUUGGAUGCCACGAGCCUGUUCGUCCCCUGAGCUCAUAGAUGAGUUCGAACAUGUGUGGCCGUGGCAAUUCUUUGAAGAUCAGAAUGCGACUAGCCUAAUAUCCAUCCCAGACGUGAGAAAGGGAACGCAUGACAUCAAAUGGGUUUCUAUGGAUUUACAUCGUUGGCACUGCGUUGCGACUUGGAAAAUUCUUAGUAGUGCAGCUCGAUGGGGAACAAUGGUUCCGGGUUACUCAGUGAACUGGAAUCAUUCUGUUCAUUGCGCGGAUCAUGUAUUGAUCAAUAUGCAUACGGACGACCCUUUCACGAUCAACUCUCACCUUGAUAUUGAGUACACACCUUGUGUAACUAUUGCGGAGGACAUGACGAUUGCACUAGCGAAGACUUGGUAG